CCCCCAGCCAAGAAGGGCAGAACAAACCCCCAGGUUUACAUGGACAUCAAGAUUGGCAAUAAGCCAGCAGGGAGACUGCGCUUCCUGCUCCAAGCAGACAUUGCUCCUAUGACCGCAGAGAACUUCCUCUGCUUGUGCACACAUGAGAAGGGCAUUGGCUUCAAAGGCAGCUGUUUCCACCGUGUCAUCCCACAGUUCAUGUGUCAGGGAGGAGACUUCACCAACCACAAUGGCACUGGGUGCAAGUCUAUCUACGGGCGAAAGUUUGAAGAUGAGAACUUUGUCCUCAAACACACUGCUGCAGGUCAAAUCUCCACGGCUAACUCUGGAGCAAACAGCAACGGCUCUCAGUUCUUCAUCACCUGUGACAAAACGGAUUGGCUGGAUAACAAACAUGUGGUGUUUGGAGGGUUGAUGGAGGGCAUGGAGGUGGCAAAAGCCAUGGAGGAACAAAAGAAGGCAAGACCAAGCAGAAAGUGAUCAUUUCAGACUGUGGAGACAAUGUUUAACUUGAAGCACAGAAGAGUGACUGUUGUAGCUGAGUGUGUUACUGUAUGUGUAAAAAAAAUAUGCAGUGUCAGACUGAAGAAUGGUAAACUGCUCAGUUUUUAUUAUGUACUACACAUGUUCAUGACUCAUCUGCUGUACAUGGAUUCUCCCUGUUCUUCCCACCUUCUCUGUGAUGUAAAUAUUACAAUAAACACUUGUUUUAUAAUAAACAUAAACAACUGCUGUAU